AUGGGUAAAAAGAGAAAGGCUGGCGGCCGUCCGGCGCAAAAGACCGAAGCCCCUGCGCGCACCAAGUUUGAUGUCGAAGAACGCUUCGACGACUCCGAGGAUGACUUCCAGACCGGCCGCGACCAGAUCCUGCUGGACGAUGGCCCAGAGACUAAACGGCGCCGGAGAGUUGCUGAAGAAGAGGAGAUGCUUCAGCCCUCCGACGAGGAAAUUCUAGGCUACGAGGACCAGGACGAGGACGAUUUUGAAGUCGAAGAGGACGAGGAUGAAGAUGAUAUGGGUGUCCCCAAAGGCCGUCGUGGAGAGGAGGAUGACGAGGAAGAAGAUGGCAUUGCUGCAUGGGGCUCUUCAAAGAAGGAUCUGUACAACGCGGAUCAGAUCGAGACCGAAGUUGAUGCCUUGGAGGAAGAGCAAGAAGCCAAGAGGCUGCAGCAGAAGCAGCUGCAGGCUAUGGACGAGGCUGACUUCGGAUUUGACGAAUCCGAAUGGGCGGACUCCGGCAAGGCGGAGGGCGAAGACGAUGCUGGUGUAGUCACAGAAGUGCUCCCCCAGCUGGAGAUCACCGAGGACAUGGGAACCGACGAGAAGCUCAAGAUCCUCAAAUCGAGAUACCCCGAAUUCGAGCCGCUGGCGAAAGACUUCACCGACCUUCAAUCCACCUACAAGGAUCUACAGAAGGCAGCAUCGAAAGCCUCAACAGCGACGAACGAAGAUGACGACGAGCCUCAACCUGCCCCUGUGGCUGUCGUGAAGCUGCGUGCUUUGUCGGCUUACCUGGGUACUAUCAAUCUGUACUUUUUGCUUCUUGCUUCAUCCUCCGAUGGAACCAACGCCAGCACGCCGAUUUCCCCGCCGAGCUUCGACAACACCCUGGAUCUCGAGCUUGAGGAGGUUGUCGAGAUUGCUAAGAAACCCAAGGCUGCUGCCAAACCCGAGUCCAUUGCCCAGAAACAGAAGAAGACCAAUGAGGUCAAGGCAACCAUGCCCAAGAAAUUGAGCAAGGCAGAGAAGGCAGCUCUGGCAGCGCAAGCCGAGGCCGAAGCCCGCCGCGCCGAGCGUCUCGCGGAGACCGAAGCCGGCUUCGCUGAUCUGUCCAACCUGACCACCGAGCCUGCCCUGAAGCGUAAGACUAAGAAGACCAAGACACCUGCCCAUGACGACGACUCCGACUUCGGUGACGAGGACGCCCUGACUGCCCGUGAAGCCGAGGAGAAGGCCAAGCAGAAGCGUUCUCUCCGCUUCUACACCUCUCAGCUCGCACAGAAGGCCAGCAAGCGUCACAACGCCGGUAAGGAUGCCGGUGGUGAUGCCGAUAUUCCCCGCCGUGAACGUCUCAAAGACCGACAGAUCCGACUCAACGCCGAGGCUGAGCGCCGUGGUCGUCAACAACCCGACAUCGGUCAAGAGCUCGGCGGUGACAGUGACGAUGAAGACCGCCGAGUUGCCAAGGAACUCCGUAAUAACAACAAGUCCGGCAGUGACGACGACGAGUAUUACGACAUGGUCGCCGCACGGGGCAAGGCUCGCAAGGAUGACAAGAAAGCUCGCGCCGAUGCUUACGCCGCCGCAGCUGCCGAGGGCGGCCAAGUCCACAUGCAAGAGACCGUCGGACCUGACGGAAAGCGUGCUAUCACGUACCAGAUCGAGAAGAACAAGGGUCUCAUGCAGAAGCGCAACAAGGACUCGCGCAACCCGCGUGUCAAGAAGCGCAAGAAGUUCGAGGAGAAGAAGAAGAAGCUCGGCAGUAUUCGCCAGAUCUAUAAGGGUGGCGAGAGCCGCGGUGGAUAUGGUGGUGAGCUUACGGGUAUCAAAAAGAACCUGGUCAAAAGUGUCAAGCUCUAA